AUGGCUGAAUCCUCCAUGGACGAGUUGAUUUACUCUCUAUCAUUAUUGAGUAUAUCGGAAGAGACUCAGGAAGAGCAACAUGAAUUUCGUCACGAAGAAAAUACGCACGAUGACAAUAACGAGGCAUCCUCCAUUGAGGCGACCAAGAUCGAGCAAGCUAUCAAGAUUGAGCCAGCGCCAAAAUCCUCGAUGUACCCCGCCCUUCAUGAAUACGUUGUCCGGGCUCUCGGCAAGAAGCUCAAGUACUCAUUCCGGGAUCACAAUACUAAGGUCGACAUAAAGCGCCAGUCCGAUACCACUGUUAUCGGAAAGUUUGAGUGUCGUAGGCCCAACGGCCAUCGGCACAAGUGGAACAGCAAUUGCAUUGCCAUUACUAUCCGCGAGUAUAGGGAUAGGUCCUACAAUGUCCUCGUGUACCACCAGCGUUGCUCGAAAUGCUUGAGACCGACCCGUGCAGAAGUCGACAAACUUUUAUACGCGGAGAGAGUGGCGUUCUAUCUCAAGAGAUGGAACGGUGUCAAAGCCAAGCGGGUUGAACGUCAUGUGUCUCCCAAUGGAGAUCAUAUGGAGAAAUUAUGCCAGGGUUGCAAGGAAGGGCAUUGCACGAAGAGGAAGUCGCGUCUAAGAAUCUGA